AUGUCUACUAGCAAUGAUCUGGCCGAUGUGGAGUCACCGAAGGCGCGCAUGCGCCCAGCAGUCAGCAAGAUAUUCUGUUGUAGCGUCACUGCCGCUUCCGGAUUUAUUGCUGCUUAUGCCUUGGUGGCGUACGCUAUAGCUCUGAUAUAUGAAGUGGUGUGGAUAGUUGAGUCCCAGGGCGGGCUGCCGGUGGCGUCCGUGCUGCUGAUGGCCUGCUACUGCAUAGUAAUAGCAGCCACUGUAACGCUGGUCCACGGACUUAUAUCGAAAAACAAUAAAUACCUUCUGGCGUGGCUGAUCGCAGUGAUCCUCGUGUUGAUUCCAGAAUGUGCUCUAGUCUUUUAUAUGUCCAUUAGUCAUUGGGGUCUUCAAGGGGUUUAUGGCGGAGCUGAGCUAGCGUGUUACGUGGCUCGCUUGCCAGCGGUAGUCAUAGGAGUCGUCCUAGUUCAGUCAGCGUAUGCUCUCAGAGAAGCCAGGAAUGCUGGGUAUCCUAAUGGUGCUGCGGUGAGUGGCAGCGAGUUCGACGCGAGCCACUUCGUUCCGGAUGCCACCAAUGCAUUCACCAACGAUGGUUUUAUGCCAGACACUGGUAAAGCAGGUUCUAUGCCGGACUUACGACGACACCUCGCCGCGCGACAAUCUAUGAACAUGGGUUAUCCAAUGAUGCUCCCACAACCACCCCCGGCUUAUUGGCAGCAUCUCGCGGACAGACAGUACGCGGACCGUCAGUAUGCAGACAGACAGUACGCUGCGUCCCUACGAGGUGUUCCCAAGUCCUACCCUGGACCGCAAAUGUACGGUACCUGGGUUGGCCCUCGUUCCGGCCCCUAUGACAACCCGUAUAAACGCCGACACUCAGUAGUAGGCGCUUUCGACGAAUACCCCGCUAAAUACGAGUACGAUGACAGAACAGAAUGCAAGAGCGAGAUGGCGUAUCCUUAUAGACCUUGUUACCCUUACCCCGAAUACGACCCGAGGUUUUAUGAUUAUAAAAGAGAAGAUGCGGCGUAUGGAGUCAAUCUGUUACGACACGAACCCUACAGAUUCAGCGGUUCGAGAGAACGGGUGUUUUAUGGGAUGCGGAACAGCCACAAUUCAGUUGGUAAUGAAUCUGAUGACCUCACCAAAUAUAAAGACGUGGCGUUAUAA